AUGUCCAACGAAGUCAUUUUAUACGACCUCCCUUCCAAGGGCGGCACGGCCUGGAGUUUGAACCCGUGGAAAACUCGUCUCGCCCUGAACUACAAGGGUAUACCAUACAAGACGGAGUGGGUUGAGUAUCCGGACCUGAAACCGACAUUUACCAAGUUUGGCAUCCCACCCAACAGUAGUGGGCCGUACGAGUACACCUCGCCAACCGUCCGGCUCCCGUCGGGCGAGUAUGUGAUGGAAUCGCGCGCCAUCAUCGACAAGUUGGAGCAGCUCAAGCCCUCGCCGUCGCUGCACCUGGACUCGCCGUACUUGGCACGCAUAGAGCAGCUGCUACCCAACGUGAUCAACUCGGUGCGGGCGAUCUUCAUGCCGCUGGUGCCCAAGGUGUACCUGAACCCCCCGUCGUACGAGUACUUCGUGGCGUCGCGCGAGAAGGCCAUCGGCAUGACGCUGGACGAGUAUGCGGCGAAGAACGCCGCCCAGGGCUGGGAGGACGCGAAGCCGCUCGUCAAGGAGCUCGCCGCCAUCUACGCCGAGAACCCCGAGGGCCCGUUCCUCAUGGGCAAGGAGGUCUCGUAUGCCGACUUCAUGGUCGUUGGCUGGCUCCGCAUGAUGGAGGGCUUAGGCCAGUUGGACAAGAUCCUCGCCAUGGAGGGCGGCGACAAACUCAAGGCCGUGUAUGAGGCCAGUGCCCAGUGGUUGAAGAGGGAUAGCUACUGA